AUGAAUAACAAGCUUCCAAAAUCUGGAGCGUCGUCCACCAAUUACAGCUCUAAGCCGUUUAACUUGAAAAGCAUCUUACACGAAGAGGACAAUGACUCGAAUAUCGGACCUUCUGCCUUGCAAGGCAAGGGAAAGAGUUCACAGGGAUCAUCACUGUCAGGAAUUGACUCACCUACGUCUGCUACUUCUCAAUCAACCUAUCAGGCGCAAGAUAUCUCACAGAGUUCAACAUCAACUGUCAAACAGGUUUCCCAGUUCGAAGAACGUAUCCAGCCUGGCCAUGCAAUGGGAAGCCAUUUGAAUAGUCCACCAAACACUACAGCAAAGGAGACAUCCGACCAAAACACCAACCUUCCUUCGGGUGAAUCUUCACCCUCAUCAACCGCGGGAGCUGAUAUCGAUGAUAUCAUCAAAUCUAACAACUUGAUCACUUCCGUACAAUGGGAUGAAGAGAACACAGUCGUUUACCAGUAUGUUGUCCAAAAAAUACCUCUAUCAAGGCGGGCUGAUAAUGAUUACGUCAAUGCUACAAAACUAUUGAAUCUCACUGGAAUGCGAAGAGGUAGACGAGACGGUAUUCUUAAACUCGAGAAGCAGCGGCAAGUGGUCAAGACUGGUACGAUAGAUCUCAAAGGCGUUUGGGUUCCGCUUAAGAGAGCGAUCAAGCUUGCCAAGGCGGAACAGGUUUUCCAGAAAGCACGGUUGAUAUUCGUCACCAAUAUUGCUGAUUAUUACCACACUCAAAUAGACUCAUUGGGGUUGAAUGAGGAACAGAAAAGGUUGGUUCUAGCACGUUUACGUCGCAAAACGAAAACAAAAGAAUCUUCUACGAAGACCCUCCAAACGUAUCAGCUUCCAUGGUUCAGUCCCGCUCAACCAACUUUCGUUACUAGCCACCAGACGCCCGUGGUGCAUCUUACAGGCUCAACGAUACCGAGUCACGGCCAAAGACAAGACUUUUACCAAUAUGGACAGUAUUCUUCGCCAUACGGACUUGGAGUACGUGCUGACAAUGUCGGAGCAGGAAUUGCACCGUCAUAUACAUCACAUGUCUCCAAUCCGCCCUUAUCUGGCUUACCCCAACAUUCCCUCGUACCCCUACCUCUGCCCAAACAUUCCCUUGGUUCUCCAAGCAUGGUGCCGCCCAUUACCCCACAGUCAGCUGCGACUAAUUCCGCCCCACAACAACCAUUUCAAGUCAAUCCAUUCGUAGCACAUCAUGGCAGGCCUCCUUUUUCAACAACAAACUCACCAAGCCAACUGCCUACAAUACUUACGCCGAGAAUGGAAUCUUCUUCGAUGUCGUCAGCUUCCUCAAAUGAAAUUCCCUCUCCUUAUCACAGUUAUUCGCAUGGCCAACAACCCCAAGACAAAAACAAGAACUACGACCAACAUCACAGUAGUUAUCCAUAG